AUUGACAGCUGCUUUUUAUUUUCCGAUUAUAUUUUCUCCUUGGGCGUGAUCGAGGGGCGACUCUAUAUUUUCACAUUCGUUUGCCCCAAUUCCUCUAGAGUGGGAAAUCAUGGCGCGACUCGGCCGCGUUGGGUUCCUGACCCUCGCGGUGGUAUUCCACCUAAUAUACGCCUACUCGAUCUUCGAUAUCUACUUCGUCAGCCCGAUCGUAAGUGGCAUGAGGCCAUUCGGCGUCGAACGCGGACCCAACACCGAAGCACCAGCGAAACGCCUCUUCCUAUUCGUCGCGGACGGCCUACGUGCCGACAAGGCCUUCCAAGCACUACCUGACCCGUCGCCGGAGAACCCUGCGGACGCUGAGAACAGUGACCCGAUACAUCUUGCGCCGUUUAUUCGAUCGCGGGCGCUUUCGCACGGGACGUUUGGGAUUUCGCAUACCCGUGUGCCUACUGAGUCGAGACCGGGCCAUGUUGCGCUUAUUGCGGGAUUGUAUGAGGAUGUGUCGUCGGUGACGACGGGGUGGAAGUUGAACCCGGUGAAUUUUGACAGUGUGUUUAAUCGCAGUCGGCAUACGUGGAGUUGGGGGAGUCCGGAUAUCUUGGCUAUGUUUAAGGAGGGGGCGGUUCCUGGGAAGGUUGAUGCGGAUAUGUAUGGGGAAGAGGCGGAGGACUAUACGACUGAUGCGACGCUGUUGGAUACGUGGGUGUUUGAUAAGGUGAAAGGGCUUUUUGCGUCGGCGAAGGUGGAUCCGGAAUUGAAUGCGAAGCUGCGCGAGGAUAAGUUGGUCUUCUUUCUGCAUCUUCUCGGUCUCGAUACUACCGGCCAUGCGUACCGUCCUUAUUCUAAGGAAUACCUGCACAACAUCAAGGUCGUGGAUCAAGGGGUCAAGGAGAUCACAAAGAUUGUGGAGGACUUUUACAAUGAUGAUAAGACUGCGUUUAUCUUCACCGCGGAUCAUGGCAUGAGUGACUUGGGCAGUCAUGGGGAUGGGCAUCCUGACAACACCAGGACACCCCUGGUCGCCUGGGGAUCUGGUGUGGCUACUCCGCGCACGCCUCAGGGGGGCGCUCCGUCUGGCCAUGAGGAUGGAGUCUCGUCUGACUGGGCUCUGGACAGCAUCCAACGCCACGAUGUCGCGCAGGCCGAUGUCGCUGCCCUGAUGACAUACUUGGCCGGACUUGACUUUCCUGUCAACUCUGUUGGACAAUUGCCAUUGGAUUACAUCAAUGCUAGUCCCAGGGAGAAGGCGCUGGCUUCCUUCGCGAACGCGCGGGAAAUUCUGGAAAUGUACCGUGUCAAGGAGGAGCAAAAGCGGGCUGUGUUGCUUCGGUAUACGCCCUAUGAGCCGUUAGCGGACCACAGUGAGACCUCUGUAGAGGAGCAUCUCAGGUCGAUUGACGGAUUGAUCACCGCUGGCGCAUACGAUGAGUCUAUCACAAUGUCUUCCGCGCUCAUGGUGACCGCUCUGGAAGGUCUUCGCUACCUGCAGACGUAUGACUGGUUGUUCUUAAGAACAAUAGUCACUCUGGGCUACUUGGGAUGGAUCACCUAUGCGCUGACCACUGUCAUUGACUUGCACGUCUUGCAUGGGACUUCCGAUUCUAACCGAACGCUGGAGAGCACCAUUUUCUUCUCGUCCGUUUUGGUCGCUCUCUUUUCCGUUCUGCUAUAUCAGCAGUCCUCGUGGAGAUAUUAUUUCUAUGCGGCCUUCCCAAUCUAUUUCUGGGAGGAAGUGAUUGCUCGGCGAAAGGCGUUGUCUGCUGGUCGCGCGAUCUUGCUGGGCCAUGUCAAUUCAGCCGCGGGUUAUUUAAGUUUUGGAGUUCAGAUUGUGAUAUUUCUUGGUGUUCUAGAAGGAUUGGUCCAAUCUUAUUUCCAUCGGGAGAUCUUCACGGUUUGUUUUGUGUUGGGUGCCUUGUGGCCCGUCGCGUAUGGCGUUAACUUUGUCAAGAAGCAUGCGUUCUUGUCAGCAACAUGGGUCAUCGGCUGCUGUCUUAUGAGUACAUUUACUCUGUUGCCGGUAGUGAAGAUCGAAAGCAUCACCACGAUAACCCAAGGUGCCUUGCUGAUGUUUUUCACCGGUCUCUUGUAUCUUCUAUUCGAAGGCGAUAUAUUGAAGCGGGGCAAGACACAGGCUUCCGAUGCCGUGAAUAACAGUGGUUCGCGGAUCAUCAUGGGCAUGCAGAUUGGCAUGGUGUUGCUUGCGACGAUUGUUACCCGUUCCAGUGCUGCUUCUCUGCAAGCUAAGCAAGGACUUCCGCUUGGUAAUCAGGUGGUUGGAUGGGGUGUUCUUGUUGCAUCUCUGCUGCUGCCGUUCUCCCACCGUCUGUAUCCUAACGGCCACUAUAUCCACCGGUUGAUGGUGCUCUUCCUCACAUUCUCGCCUACCUUUAUUAUCCUUACCAUUUCCUACGAAGGACUGUUCUACUUUGUGUUCUGCAUGACCCUGAUCACCUGGGUCCGACUCGAACAUGCAAUCUACGUCCAUACCGCUGCACCGGCCAAACCAUCCGGCAAGGCCAACAAUGUCCCCAAGAAACAAAGCACCGAAUCCUCCACAACCGUCUCAGGCCAAACCUACCACUACCGCUCCCUAACCCUCUCCGACACUCGCGUCGCCCUAUUCUUCUUCUUCCUCCUCCAAUCCGCCUUCUUCAGCACGGGCAACAUCGCCUCCAUCUCCUCCUUCUCCCUCGAAUCCGUGUACCGCCUCAUCCCCGUCUUUAACCCCUUCAGCCAAGGCGCCCUCCUCAUCCUCAAACUCCUAAUCCCGUUUGCAAUCAUCAGCGCGAACCUGGGCAUCCUGAACCGCAGACUACAAGUCCCGCCUUCCGCGCUGUUCAUGGUAGUCAUGUCGAUAUCAGACGUGAUGACGCUGAACUUCUUUUACAUGGUGAAAGAUGAGGGAUCUUGGCUGGACAUUGGAACGACGAUCAGUCAUUUCUGCAUAGCCAGUUUCCUAUGCACGUUCGUGGCGGGGCUGGAGUUCCUGAGCGAGGUUUUUGUCAGCGGGGUGGAUAUCAAGACUGCGAGUGCAGCAGUCAAAGCUGUUGAUGGGAGUGUGGAAUCGGACCGGAGGCACUGAUCUAUCUUUUUCUCGUUUUCUUCUUUUUUGAUUUUAUUUUCGCAUCUACUGUGUAAUAAACUUCUGGGCCAAUACGUGCUGUAAUAUAUCUAAUCUGGCAUGUGUUUAUAGAACUUGGAUGGAAUAAUGGAUCAAUUAUUGGUGUUUGCCUGGU